UCCGGGGAGACCAGAUAUAGUGAAUGCAGGGUCCGGGGAGACCAGAUAUAGUGAAUGCAGGGUCCGGGGAGACCAGAUAUAGUGAAUGCAGGGUCGGGAGACCAGAUAUAGUGAAUGCAGGGUCCGGGGAGACCAGAUAUAGUGAAUGCAGGGUCCGGGGGAGACCAGAUAUAGUGAAUGCAGAGUCCGGGGAGACCAGAUGUAGUGAAUGCAGAGUCCGGGGAGACCAGAUGUAGUGAAUGCAGGAUGUAGUGAAUGCAGGGUCCGGGGAGACCAGAUAUAGUGA